AUGAAUGCACAGCUGAUCCUUAGGCAGUUCCCCAACCACAUCAUAUUCCGCACCCUCCACUACUCCCUAAUCGCGGAGCAGCUGCGCGAGGAGAUCGAAUCGAGGAGCGGGCCCAAGGUCAAGCGCAGGAGCUGCCUGGAGUGGGAGCCCUUUUCCCUGUGGCUUACCAAUUUGAUGCUCAUCUAUGCGGGCGACAUCCUGGGCAACCUCCUGCUGGGCACUCUGCCCCUGGAGCCGCUCUGCAACAGCGCCGACGUGCUCCUAAGCUCUUGCAUGUGGUACCUCAUCUUCUACUGCCCCUUUGACCUGGGACAUGCGGUGGCGCAGACCCUGUUCUUUCGCAUCCUGGCCACGACCAUGUCGACUAUCAGCCAGGUGCAGCUCAUCGACAAGGGUGUGACCCUGGCCGGGAAUCUCUAUGGCAAUGCCCCAGUGGCCAUGCUGGUCGUUGGCACUAUCAUGGGCAGUGGGGCCGAGCUCCUGAAGCCCGUGGCCGCGAUCCUCAUCAACCGGUGUCAGCACAACCAGAUGGCGUACAUCAAGCUGAGCAUAAACUCGAAGCUGGCUCUUGUCAUAUCCUGUCUAUUCGCACUGGACAUCCAUCAGAGUCCCCUGCUCCUUGGGCUGACGCGGAACCAGCUGCAGGUCUACACCCUGGUGUUCGUCAAUACCUACAAGUAUCUGUCGCUGGCCUAUCGGACGGAGCACUUUGUCUGGUUGAUGGAGACCCGCAUGCGCUACACCUUCUUCGGCGGCCUCACGGCGGACUUGACCAAGUUUUUUAAACGCUAUCCAAAACCUGACAAAAGGCAAAGGGAAACGUUUUCAAAAUUUGAUUUAAACCGUCGACGGCACUGAAAGAUUGCGCCAUCAGAAGCACUGAAGAACUCCCAAUACCCUCUUCAGGGGGCUCUAAGGGGAAAGAGACGUUAAGCGGCUUAGGUUUCCUCCCUGCCGCCGUCACUGCCACUUGCCACUGCCACUCGCCACUCAGCCAAGCGAUGGAGACACGACACGUGGCGGCAGAUGUUCCGCUUGAUCGGGUUACGCGUGGGGUACAUGCUAAUCAGCUUAGAGGAGCUCUGCCUCUCCCGAGGAGGGCGCGAGGCUGGAGGAGCGGAAUGGGCGCUCCAAGUAUAAUCGUCUAGCUGUCGUCUAUCGUACUGUGAAAUUUCCGUUUGAAAAUAAAUAAGUAUAUUAGUAAA